AUGCAGACCGCCAUUCUGACGCCACGGAACAAACCUCCUCUGGGAACGAAUGAAAUGCCCAGUAACGUGGCUAUCGUGCCCCUGGGCGGUGCCAUGCCCGUGGACAUGGCUGAGUUGUCACGAAUCGCGACCGGUCCCAACUCUGGCCUUCCACCAGGACUGGUUCAGGACAUGCAGUAG